GUCACGUGCGGCGUCGGCAGCCAUGGCGGGAAGCGAGCCGCGCAGCGGAGGCGUCACCCGUCAGCCUCACCACAGCGACUGGGGCCGCCUGGAGGCUGCCUUCCUCAGCGGCUGGAGGAACUUCUGGCAGUCGGUGGGCAAGGAGAGGGCGGCUCCGAGGUCUUCCCCGGAGGAGGCGGACGAGGAGGCCAGCUCGCUAACGCGGCUGCCGAUUGAUGUACAGCUAUAUAUUUUGUCAUUUCUUUCACCUCAUGAUCUAUGUCAUUUGGGAAGUACAAGUCAUUAUUGGAAUGAAACCGUACGAGAUGCAAUUCUGUGGAGAUAUUUUCUGUUGCGGGAUCUUCCUUCUUGGUCUUCAGUUGACUGGAAGUCUCUUCCAGAUCUAGAAAUCUUAAAAAAGCCUAUAUCUGAGGUCACUGAUGGUGCAUUUUUUGACUACAUGGCAGUCUAUAAAAUGUGCUGUCCAUAUACAAGAAGAGCCUCAAAAUCUAGCCGUCCUAUGUAUGGAGCUGUCACCUCAUUUUUACACUCAUUGAUCAUUCAGAAUGAACCACGAUUUGCCAUGUUUGGACCAGGUUUGGAAGAACUAAAUACAUCUUUGGUGUUGAGCUUGAUGUCUUCCGAGGAGCUUUGCCCAACAGCUGGUUUGCCUCAGAGGCAGAUUGAUGGUAUUGGAUCAGGAGUCAGUUUUCAGUUGAGCAACCAACAUAAAUUCAACAUCCUAAUAUUAUAUUCAACUACAAGAAAGGAAAGAGAUAGAGCAAGAGAAGAACAUACAAGUGCAGUUAACAAGAUGUUCAGUAUACAGAAUGAAGGGGAUGAUCAACAGGGAAGCCGGUACAGUGUAAUUCCACAAAUUCAGAAGGUGUGUGAAGUUGUUGAUGGGUUCAUCUAUGUUGCAAAUGCUGAAGCUCAUAAAAGGGACAUGGGUUCGAGCCAUGGGCUGGGAAGAUACCACAUGCCAUGGAGCAACUGAGCCCGUGUGCCACAACUACUGAGGCUGCGCUCUAGAGCUCACGAGCCACAACUACUGAGCCCAUGUGCCACAACUACUGAAGUCCACGUGCCUAGAGCCCAUGCUCUGCAACAAGAGAAGCCACCACAAUGAGAAGCCUGCACACCGCAACGAAGAGUAGCCCCCGCUCGCCACAACUAGGGAAAGCCUGCACGCAGCAACGAAGACCCAAAUGCAGUCAAAUAAAUAAAUAAAGUAAAAACUAAACAAAGAAGUAGACUGUUGUAAGUUUAAAAUAUACAUUGUAAAUCCUUGAGCAACCACUAAAAAGAAGUGUAACAGAGGUAUAGUUAAAUAAGCCAGUAGUGAAGAUAAAAUGGAAUCAUUAAAAAAGUCAGUUCAAAAGAAGGCAGGAAAAGGAACAAAGAAUAGAUGGAACAAGUCAAAAUUCAAUAGGUAUAUGAUAGAUUUAAAUGUACUGUGUUGAUAAUUACAUUAAAUGUUUAUUUGUUUUCUAUUAAUAUGUAACAAAUUACUGCCAACCUAGUGGCUUAAAACAACAUCUGUUUAUUAGCUCAGAGUUCUCUAUGUCUGAAGUCUUGAGCACGGCAUGGCUGGGUUCUCAGCCUAGGUCUCAGAGGCUGAAAUUAGGGUGUCAGAUGGGUUACAUCCCUUUCUGGAGGCUCUAGGGAAAAAUCUGCUUUCUAGCUCACUCAGUUAUUGGCUGAAUUCAGCUCCUUACUGUUGUAUGGCUGAGAUCCCUGUUUCCUUGCUGGCUGUCAGCUUGGGGCAGCUCUCAGCUUCACAGGCCAUUGUCAUUCCUUGUCAUGUGACUCCCUCUGUCUUCAAAUCCAGCAAUGGAGAGUCUCUCUCACUAGGUAGAAUCUCAUCUGUUUUAAGGGAUCACCUGAUUAGGUUAGGCUCACUGAGUUUAAUCUCCCUUUCUUGAAGUCAGCUGUGUCUUAUAGUAUAGCCUAAUCAUGUCAGUGAUAAUCCCACUGUAUUAACAGAUUCCUCCCACACUCAGAGGAGAAGGGAUUAUACUGGGGUAUGAGUCAUUGGGGUCAUUUUAGAAUUCUGCCUACCACAAAAUGUCAGUGAUUUACACUCCAAUGAAAGGCAGAGAUUUUCAGUUUGGAUAAAAAAGCUAGACUCAAUUAUAUGUUUAAAUUUUGGAAACUAUGGCCUUUGAAAGAAAGGGUAGUGACAGCUACAGAAUUUGUGAGAGGAAAAUAUCUAUAUCAAAGUAUUUUUGCUUUUAAACCAUAGAGACAUCUGAGUGGUACUGUUUUUGUUCUCUCUGAUUUCACCUAAAUUCUUGUCCUUGCAAGGCUGAUUAAUGUAGUUUUACGAAAGAUCAGUAAAUGAACACAGCAAUAGAGGCAGUUUGUUAUGUUUGGAUCCUGGUAAUUUUUUGCUUCCCUUGUUUUGUUAGUUUUUAAUUUUGUUUUAUUAUUUUUUAAGUCAUUACAAGUAAUGCAAAUUAAGGGUUUUGACUACAUU